AUGUCGACUUCUGGUGAUAGUCAUAACGGCGAGCCCGUCGUUCCUCACGAUAUUACCCGAGCCUCCUACCACAGCGGGAUGGGUGAUCAUACACACAUCAUGGUCAACCAGACAACGGAGACUCGUGUCUCUUCCGAGAGCAACAACGCUUCCCUGAAGAGUCCUCGCACUGCUCGCUUUGCGGAAGCGACCACGAUCUACUCGCCAAUCGAACCGUCCAGCAAAGCUCCCUUUGCUGAGACAGGAGUGAUCUCGCAAGGUGUUGCUGAUACUGGCUUUGGCUAUGUAUCAAACAACACUCCUGCUCAACAUGCAGACGACUCAAACCCUCCUUUGUCACCUUGGCGAGCCGACCUGAAGGUUCCCAAGUCUGCCAUGACUUUGAACCCUCUCAGUCCAACCUUCCGUGAGGAGUACUUCCUCGAGAAAGGUGAACAGCAUGCGGAGAAGGAGAAUGCUCGUGAUGUACGAAUUAAGCUGCGUGUGCGCAUUGCCAAGAUCUUCCUGCGCUUCGUCAACUUCGGCUGUAGUCUGAUUGUCCUGGCCAUGUUGGCAGUCACCCUUCGGACCUUCAUGAUGACCAAGGACCUGCCAGAGCGUAACAGCAGCAAUGCGUGGAAUCCUGGAACCAGCCCUUGGCCACAGUGGUUACUGUUGGGUCUGGCAUGUUUCUCUCUUCUUGCCUGUAUGAUUGUGUUCUGGGGAUACUACAAAGGAGGUCAUAAGCGUGCUGAGAAGCUUGCGAUCUACUACAGUACCAUUUCAGUCAUCUACUUCACAUUCAGCUUCGUUAUGUGGAUCGUUACUGCAGCUAUCUACGAACACUCAAAAGCAAAUGGAAACGACAAGGAUCUUUGGGGUUGGGCUUGCGCACAGAACACUCGUGAGCAGAUCUACUCCAACACCAUUGACUACGCUCUUCUCUGCCGUCUCCAAGACUGGGGUCUCGUCUGUGCUAUUAUCGAAGUCGUUAUCGAACUCCUCGUGAUUCUGGUCUACGUCGUCGUCUUCUACCGCAUGUGGUCGAAGCGCAAGCUUAUGAAGUCUAUGAAUGCUCGUGAUCGCGCUCGUUCAGACUUUUACCUUGCCCAGCUGCACCGCCAGACCGCACCAAACACACCCGGCUUCCCAGGCUUCUCAUCGUACCCUCCCAAGUCCCCAUUCACCGCUGCACAGGGUAUCGACAUUGAGAAGGGAGAAGGUGGCCCUGUUCCUCAAUUUGCUACCGCCCCUCCUACUCAGUACGCCUCGCCUCGCUCUCCAACUCAGCCCAAGCCCGCAUUCCAGCUCCAGGCUCCUCCUAUUCGUGUUCAACAAGCAACUCCCCAAACAAUCCAGGAGGAGUUCGCUCCCCCGCCUAGCCAUGGUUUCAACUUCAACACCCAGCCACAGCACCAUGUGACUAGUGCCCCUGGCGAGCACAGUUACGGCUCUGUCCCCAUUCCAGGUGCCUACUAG